GUUAAUUUGGUCUAACCGGAAGUGCAUUUCAGAAAAAGAUGGCGACAAGCUAGCGAACAACUAUUUUCGGUUUUGAAAAGUAUGAGUGCAGCAGCACAGGUUUUAAGACAAGCAGAAGCACUUAAAGCCAGUAUAUCAGAUUCUGCCAAAGGUAUUUCAGAAACAUGGGUCGCCAGACAAAGACUAGAAGAUUUAUACAAGAAGCUCCUUUUGAUGGAUUUAGAAUAUGCUUUGGAUAAAAAAGUAGAACAAGAAUUGUGGAAUCAUGCUUUCAAGAACCACAUUAAUGAGUUACAGUCACAAACUAAGGACAAACAAAAUGUCAAAAGAGGAGAAGUUCAGGCUACAUUAAAUUUGUUUUUAGAAACAGCAAGUGGAUUUUAUUUACAACUUUUACAGUUAAUUUGUACAACAUUUAAGUUAGAUCUGCCAUUUAGAAGGAAGUCAUCAUGUUUUGGUGUAAUGAAAGAAAAGAUACCUACAAAGAUAAAGAUCACACCUCCAAAGAAAAGUUCCUGUCUUUAUUUUUGUCAACACUGCUUAGUCCAUCUUGGGGACAUUGCAAGAUAUAGACAACAAAUUGAGCAAGCACAGACAUACUACUGGCAUGCCGCUAAUCUAGUACCAUUUAAUGGACAACCUUAUAAUCAGCUUGCAAUAGUUGAAGCAGCCAGAGGUAACAAACUGUCUACUGUAUUUUAUUAUAUCAGAAGUUUAGCUGUCAGGCAUCCUUUCCCAGUAGCAGCAACUAAUCUGGAAAAAUUAUAUACUAAAAUAUCAAGAGACAUGUGUGAUUUUAAAGGAAAAUUGUCUGUCAGUGAAAUGAUUACAGCUUUUCUACAGUUCCAAGCUUAUGUACAUCUCUGUAAUGAUCUUGACAAGGCAUCUUUCCUGAGUGAGAAACUUUUACAAGCUUUACCAGCCCAUGUAACAUCACAGAGUUUCCCAUCACAUAUACUGGUGCAGAUUGUUGCUAUUAAUAUCUUUGCCAUGCAGCAUGCCAGACAGAUAGAUGGAGAGAAUGAUGAUUAUACUGCUGAACAAUUGACAUCAGAUGAAGAAAGAGCAUUUGAACUCAUGCUGCUAUUUACUAUUUCCAUCUUGGAUGUCUUGUUGCAGUAUACACCUAAACAUGACCAUAAGUUGAGAGAAUUUUUCACUCUUCCAUCAGUCAAACUUUUACUUGAUUGGUUUCGAUUAAAUCCAGUACAUUUAUCCAAUCCUAUUGUCAAAAUAUCUGGAUUAUGGAUAAAUCUUUGCAAGGUACUGAAUAAUAUUAAACCUCCACAAACAAAGAAAGAUGAACCUAUAGAUCUUACUAAAUAUGAAGAACUGCCAUUACCUGAAGAUACAGAACUCAGAUGUUUUCAGCCACUGGAAAAAGCACAUAGUUGUUAUAGCUACAGUAGACUACCAAGUGAUGGUCUACCCCAGGAUAUUGAAUGCCACUUAAGAUGUCAGAGAAUUCUCAACCAUGGUAGAUGGGUUGCUGAAGAGCAUAGCAAUCUGAACCUAUUGGUAAUACAGAAUAUAAAGGCUCUACAUCUACAGUUUUCAUCACCUGUUAUCCCAAACAAGUCACUUAUUACUAUAAAUAGAAUUAUAUCUUCAUCCAGUCCUGAGAAGAAAUCUCGCCAAAAUGUUGCAAUACAGGCUAUUAUACAGAAACAGACUAAAGGCAAAGAUGAAACUAUAAAGCCUAGUAAAUCUGAAGAAAAGAUAAAGAUAGUCACAACUACCAUAGACAAGUCAGUUGAAUCACAUUUAGGUCCUGCUUCUCCAAAAUAUUUACUUGGUACUCCAACUAAUCAACCAGAAUUUAUGAAAACAAUUGCAUCAACAAAACCAGCAAAUCCAAAUAUUCCUCCAAGACUUCAGCAACAACCACCAAGACUACAAAAACAACUACUAGCACAACAACAAGCUAGGCAACUGUCCCAAGAAAAACAGUUGUGGGAACCAGAUAAAGACAGUCCAAAGCCAUCAUCUUCCAAUACAUCAUUUGAAGUGGUACGUCAGUCAUCAUCAGGUUCGUCCUUAUGGGAACCAGAAAACUCUUCACAGAAAUGGGAAUCUGAUAAUGAUAUGACAUGGAAACCACAACAGCCUAGUGUAGGGUAUGCUGACCCAGACCCAUCUCAAAGAAAGCAUGCUUCUCAACCACCCAAAUUGUGGGAACCUAAAACUGGCAAGUUCAAAAUUGUUGAGACAAAUGAGUCCCAGAGAUCUAGUAAUAUGCAUGCCUGGGCUAGUCCACAGCAAGAAGUCAGUCAGUCUAUGUCUACACCUUCCUUUCCACCACCAUCUGGACAGGCUACAGAAAGGCAGGCAGCACCCCAGCAACAAGGACAGACAGGCCAACCCUUCAAUCAGUUCAUGAUGUUUAGACCCGAUUUUAGGCAACCUCCUCCAAAUUUACCCCCUCCCCCACCAGGCCCUCCUGGGCAACUGCAAAGGAUGAUGGGUUACCCACAGCCACCAACACAGACAACAGAGAGGUCCAAUAAGGGGGAAGAUCCACUGAUGAGUUUGAGAGGUCCACCAGGGAAAGCUGCGGGCAGCAAUAUACCACUAGGCAGACCUCCUCCAAACAUGGAAAGUUAUCCUCCUCCAGGAAAGAUGGGAUUACAGCCUAACUUCCCCCCUCCAGGAAAUAUUAAUCAAAAUCAAGGACAAGAUAAUCAAUUAGAUGGUGGUCCUUCUUCAAAGACAGACAAUAAUCCUCAUUCAAAAUUUCUUAACUUCACAAACUUCCCUCCACCACCACCACCAAUGGCAGGACAGCAAUAUGGAGGGAAAGAAAAUCCUAUGAUGUAUCCUAAUCAACAAGGUAUCAACUUCCCAAGGUUUACUGGAAAUCAGCCUCCAAAGGAGGUAUAUGGAAAUGGAACAGAACCAUUAGACAUGCUAAAUAAACACAGCGGUGAUCAGCCUAAUCAGCAAUUUCAUAAAAAUGUGUACAACUUCCCGCCAGCACCUGGUAGGGAGAGGAUGAACCAUCCAAGUGGACCCAACAUCCAUCAACCACCCCCUCAUCAGCAUCCUACUGGAACUCAGCAACCUCCAAAUCAGCAUCCUCAUGGGGCUCAACCUCCACCAAACUUUAACAUGCUUAAUCCCAACUUUCUAAGUUCUGGACGAUUUCCUGUUCCUAGACCAGGAUUCACUCCACAAACUGAGACGCACAAAAUGAUGAAUGGAGAUAUUCAAGGCAAUGUGUCAACUCUGUCUCAUCUUGCUAUACAGCCUCCCAAGAGUGGAGCAGAUCUCUUCCCAGUAUCUCCUAGGAUGAGUGCUAGUUUUCAGGGCCAUGCUGAGGGAACUCCUAAGCCAGACAGUGGGAAUUCUCCAUCAAGAAGCCCUCUACAGCCAGCAAUAGAAGUUGAUGUCCCUAUUAUACAGACCAAACCGAUAGUAACAACAGUUUCUGCACCAGUACAACAGGGAACCUACUCUCUCUUUAGUGGUACAACAUGGUCUGUUCCAUUGUCAUCAGCUGACACCAAAAGCAUUGGUUCUUCACCAUUCUCGUCAGAGUCCUCCAGUAUAAGGAAUUCUCCAGAUGUAUCGGAAUCAUUCAGUGACACAAAGAUUGGUCAUCCAAUGGACCUUGGUCUGAGAUUUGGUACACAGGAGGAUCACUGGAGAGAGUUAGCACAAGGACAAGGUCAAGUAUUAGAGCAAAUGGAUAGCAAUGGACAAGGUGGCAAUUUUUUCCAAGGAAAUAUGCAGUCAAUAUGGUCGUCAUCAUCUUCUGGACCGUCACCACUUGAGCGACUCCUUGAGAAACAGAAACAACGCCAAAAUGAUCCUCACUGAAGGAAAUGUUAAUUCUUAUUUGGGAAAAAAUUCAGUGAUUGUGUAAAAAUAAUCACAAAUGCUAGAGUUGCUUAAUUACCAAGCGAAAAUCAACUUAAGCAGAUGUUAUAUUGGUUGCCUAGCAACUUGUAGUAAUGAAGAAAACAGACAAGCAAACAUAUUCUUCAAUAUAUAAAAAGAGUUAUGUCUCAUAAAGAUAAAGAAAAAUGCAAAGAAAAAGAAGCGAUCUCCCUGCAUAUAAGCAGGUUUUAAAAAAUUGCUUAAUGAAACAUUAUGCCACAAUGGUGUGUUUUAUAUAUGUGUGUGUGUAUUAUAGAAUUGUAAAAAAACAUUGGUGUGAUCAAUUUUAAAAGACAGAUUUGUUCUAUAAAUAUGUAUCUCUUAAAUAAUGUUCAUUUCACAGACUAUGUAUAUUUCAAUAUUUUGUCUUUCAAAUUUGUAGUACACAAUAGAUUAAAUGGUCGUCUAUGCAUGAAAUAAUUUAAUAUUAAUAAUCAGAAGAAGUUGUGAGAGAGAUGAACAUAGUAGUUCUUGCUUUUGUGUGUUUUGUAUAGAUUUGACAAUGAUUAUAGUUAAUAUCAAGAAGUUUGUUAAAUUUCUAUAGUGGUCAGUUUAUUUAUUUUGUGUGAAAAAAAUAUUUAUGUAAAAUGCAUUGCAGAUCUGAUAAACUUUAACAAGUGAUUCAUUUUAGCGGGUUUUCCACCUUUUUCUGGUUGUUUUUUUCCUAGACUGAUAUAUUUUUGCAGCUUUUAAAUAUUAUUGAAUGUGAAGUUUUUGUUAGAUGAUGGAAGUUAUGAAAAAGUUACAUAUUUUUGUAUAAGAUUAACAAAAUUCUAUGUCCAGCUUUAAAAGAAUUGGAAAUGUUUGUUUUUUAUCUCGUUGUGAUGUCCAGCUUCUCAUAAUACAUUGAAAAUAUUUAAUGUCGCAUUCUAAUGUUACUCACAGAACAUAAUGUAGCAACUGAACUAAGCUAGCUUCUGAAAUUGUAAUUAUUUCUUUACCAAUUUUAGUUUGAAAAUCAAUAAUUCUUAGUAGACACCUCUGUUUCUCCUCUUUUUCAUUAUCCAUGACAAGAUGAAUUUGGCAGCAUUUAAUGUUUGAUUGAUAUAUCACAAAUGAAAUAAUGUAAACAAAGUCAUUUAUGUGAAUACUUUUUAUAAGAACCAAAGGGUUCAAGGUAACUCUUGUCGUUUUAUAUAGGUGUCCAUAGGCAGUGUUAAAAUUACAACAUCUUGAACUACUGAACCAAAUUUACCAAACUUUACCUAAAUGAAUAUGUGUGUUUAUUUAAUAUGUAAGUUGUAUUUAUUAUUCAGACCCAUCAAUAAGGCAGUUGUUGAAAUAUCUUUGAAAAAUAUUUAGAGAUGGAGAAAGAUCAACAUCUCAAAAACGAUAGAACUUUUUAUUAAAAAAAAAAAUCUAUUAUCUUAGUAACAAUUCAGGAUAGAGAGAAACUUGUACAACAGAAAAAAUCAACAUGACUUAUUUCUCAUUUACAAAAAGAAAGAAAUUUCAUAAAUUUCGGCUUUCAAAGGUCGACUGUGGUGUGCAUAAUGAAAAUUAAAAUUUAUUCCUAAAUGUUUUGAAAUUGGUUUGAAAAUAUUCUAUGGUUUAUCUUGUCAUGGUUAAUACUGAAAAAUGACCUCUCUGUGAGCAUGGUUAAUGUGAAAAAUGACAUGUGUAUGGUAUGUGAGCAGAGUUAUGUUGAAAGUGACAUGUGUUUGGUCUAUGAGAAGUGAGGAGCAAGGGUUCAGUUUGAUGACUUUACUUGUUGAUAAUUUCCUUUGUAAUGAAACUUUCAAAGAAUUCUAACAGCUUCAAUCUAUAUACUUGCCAUCUAUAAGCUAUACUACCUUUAGAAAUGAAAAUUUGAUGUUUGAGGUUGGAAAAUUUAUUUAUUACAGAUCAGGUUGUUUAUUUUUUUAAUAGGAAUAAGGAAAAAUAAAAGUAUUUUGUUUUAUGCAAAACUGGUAAUAGAAUUUUUGUCAUCAUAAUGGGCCAAGUUAGGGCUGUUAUGAUAUCAAGGGUGUUUUCUUAUGAGUUUUGAAAUAUGCUAAAGGAUUACUGUAAAAUUUGAUUAAAGGAGGAGGUAUAAGACAACUUUUUUUUCGGCCCCUUCAUUUGUAAAACCACAAAUUAUUAUAAAUAAGUCUAAAUUAAACCUUGUCAGAUCUUCAUAGUUGUUAAAUCUGCCAAAAUUUCCUCCUUUUAAGAUGCUGUGUAAUAAAAUUAGAAUGUGAGCCACCUUAUACCUAAUUAGGAUUUUCCACAAGAUGUCUUUUUAAUAUUAUGAUAUGAGUAAAGUAUCUUUUUGGGUAAUGCUCAUGUUUAAUUCUACCAAGUAUUGAAAAUAAAAUUGCCAUACUGAUUAAAUAUGUUAAUUAUUGAAGCAAUUUUUAUAUUUGCCUCAGUGACAUGGCUACAUCAUUUUAUGUAAUUAUUGAUUUAAAUUAACAUUAUUUAGAAAAGAUUAAAGAAUAUUUUUUUUACAAUUUCCUUGGCCAAAUAAUUGUUGUUUUAUACUUCCUUCUAGCACUGUAUUUAUGGAGUUAAUUCUCAGAUUUAUUAUUAUCAUUGUAUUUAAGGGUGAUCAUUUAAUAGUGCCAAAUACUAAAUAAAAUAUGUUAAGAGAAGGAAAACCACUAAUUCAUGACCCCAUUGCUUUAUUGGUUAAAUUCUGCAAAUUUCAAGCUUUCAUAGCUUACUUGUUUAAAGGUUCUUGUAAAGUAACAAUCACUUCAAAACAAUAAAUACCUUGUUCUGGCUUGUGCUAAAAGAAAAAUAUUCCAUUUAAGAGUGCAUUAGUUCACAGAAGUUUUGAAGUACAAAAAUUAGGUCUUCCUUAUCUUAAAAACAAAGUUCAAAUAUGCACUUCUUUUUCAUUUCUUUUUUUUUUGGGAGGGUGUGUGUUCAAAAUAAACAUUCAAACAACCUCUACAAUGGCUGUUCUUAAGUUUUUAAUGUAAUGCCAAAAUAACAAACUAUUUUACACAUUUUAAAAGUUAAAUUAUGUGUUGAAAUUACAUGUAUUUGGAUUUAGAUAUAUGAACUACUUUUGGAUAUUAUCUACCUUUCCUCUUAAGGGGCCGUGGAUUACUGGUGCCACACCGAAAGCAAGCUUCUACUCCAGAAACCCAGGUAUUCAAGAACAGUGUAUACUUCAAACUGAUACAAUAAAUAAAAUCCUCUGUGAUAAACAAUAUAUGCUUCUUUUUCUUUUUAGAAAUAAAAGCCAACACCAACACAACUGUGACAAAUAAUUUUUCUUUUUUGCAAAACAUUUGAUUAUAGUUGCUUAUUUGAAGUAUAUACAAAUAAUGUUUGUUUGUUCACUCUGUUGAAACACUAACAGACAAUUGCUAAUGCUUUGUUAUAUAUGACAAAUAACUAAACCACAGGAAGUAAGAAUUAAAUUUUCAGUAAUAGGAAUUGUAUUAUUACUCUGUAUACAAUACAUGUGAGAGAUAUAAAUAGUUAUGUAUUGAC